AUAAUUAUUUUCUCUCCCCUCAAACUCCAAACCUGUGCUCUGCCGCCUCUGCAUCUCCUUCCUCCUCCCGCAUUCUCCACCUCCUAAAACCCUAACAACAAAACAGCGUCUUGUAGUUGGUAGUUGUAUCUAUAGUCGCCACCGCUUCUGCCCACCACCUCUCCUUCUUUGCUGCUGCUAUUCUCGAUAUUAAUUCAGGUGGUGAAAAUGAUUGCGGCAAUAUCAUGGGUGCCCAAGGGAAUUGCAAAAUCAGUACCAGAAGUAGCUGAACUUCCUUCUAAAGAAGAAAUUGAAGAACUGCUCCAAAGUGGCGCCCUAGACGCAGUAGAUGGUGAGCAUGAUGAAGAAGAAGAUGAGGACAUGGAUGUGGAGAGCAUCAAGGAGGUUAAUGAAGGUGAACAUGCAUCUGCCGUGGCAGAGGCACUUAAGGAUACAGGUGAUAUAGUAGAUGCCUUCAAGGAACUUGACAUGGACAAUUAUGAUGAAGAUGGCAAUGAUGGCGUUGAUGUAUUUAGUAAAGGGCUUGGUGAUGCUUAUUAUUCCCAUAGCGAAUUGGACCCGUACCUGAAGGAUAAAGAUGAUAAUGAUUCAGAAGAGGAAGAGGAUAUGUUCAUAAGAGCAGAGGAUUCAGUUAUUGUUUGUGCACGUAAUGAAGAAGAAAUCAGUCAACUUGAGGUUUAUAUCUUAGAGGAAACAGAAGAUGGCCCAAACUUGUAUGUUCACCAUGAUAUCAUCAUCUCAGCAUUCCCUUUAUGCACUGCAUGGCUUGACUUUCCACUAAAGGGUGGAGAAAGAGGAAAUUUUAUUGCUGUAGGCUCAAUGGAACCUUCAAUUGAAAUAUGGGAUCUUGACAUUAUUGAGGAAGUAGAACCAUCACUAGUAUUAGGCGGUAUUGUUGAGAAGAAGACAAAAAGAAAGAAGAAAUCUAUCAAGUACAAAGAGGACAGCCACACCGACUCAGUUCUUGGCCUUGCGUGGAACUAUAAAAUCAGGAAUAUACUUGCUAGUGCUAGUGCAGACAAACAAGUUAAGAUAUGGGAUGUGGCUACUGGAAAGUGUAGCAUUACCAUGGAGCACCACACAGACAAGGUUCAAGCAGUUGCGUUUAGUCAUCAUGUACCAGAAAUUCUCUUAAGUGGAUCUUUCGAUCAUUCAAUUGUCAUGAAAGAUAUGAGGAAUCCUUCCCACUCUGGGUAUAGGUGGUCUGUUGCAGCAGAUGUUGAGAGCUUGGCAUGGGAUCCACAUACCGGGCACUCUUUUGUUGUAAGCCUUGAGAAUGGAAUGAUUCAGGGUUUUGACAUUCGGGCUGCUAGUUCCAGUUCAGAUUCAGAAUUGAAGGCUAGUUUCACCAUUCACGCACAUGACAAAGCUGCCAGCUCCAUCUCAUAUAAUGCCUCCGUACCUAAUCUCCUUGCUAGUGGCUCAAUUGAUAAAAUGGUUAAACUAUGGGAUUUGUCAAAUAAUCAGCCUUCAUGUGUUGCUUCCCGGAAUCCUAAAGCUGGAGCUGUCUUUGCGGUUUCCUUCUCACAGGAAAAUCCGUUAUGGCUUGCAAUUGGAGGUUCCAAGGGACAAUUAGAAGUGUGGGAUACAUCUAAUGAAGCCGGAGUUGCUAAGAAGUUUAACAAAAUAAAUGCUAAGAAGUCGUAGUGCGAUAAAAUUGGAAAGAUGAGCAAUUAAAUCUCAUAAAAGUUUUGGCGGUCUUUUGAUGUUCUUGGUUCUCCUCGAUUCGGUUUGCCUUCUGUAUUUAUAGGAUAAAGGCCUUUUUUUUUUCAAAAUUUAAGGAGAUGUUUUGUUGUUCCUCAAAUGGGAAUCUUAAUUUAUUUCACAAGUUUGUAUUUUGAAUCUCAGAGAUGUCAUGUUGAGCAAUGGAGACCUUUUUGCAACUGUA